AUGGAGAACAUUGCGGCCGCGGACAAGAGGGCCAGGCUGGAAUCUGCGGCGGCAGCGGCGGCGGGGGGGGGCGUUGCAGGGAGGUUGUUGCCGACCAAAGCGGUCAAGCAGGAACCUCCUUCCGAAAAGAAGGAGAAGGCAGGGCGAACGGCCAAAGGCCCAGCUGCUGCUGCUGCUGCUGCUGCUGCUUGUUCCGCGCCGCCUUCCGACGCCCACAGCGGCGGUGGCGGCCGCAAGGCCGGCGGCAAGAGCGCGGACGCCCCCUUCGGGAUGACAAGGAGCCCCGUCCACCGCUCGGGGCCAACCGCUCGCGCCAAGACCGGCGCCGGCGGGCCACCCAAGCUCCAGCGCCGCCCGGGCGGCCUCGUCAGCAGGAAGAGCAUGGGCAAGGGAAAAGGAAACUGGAAGGCGGCUUCGGCGCGCGAGAGGGGCCGUGGCGGAGGGGGCACGAAAGCAAAGGCCGGCAAAGGGGGCAAGGUGGGGAAGACUAAAGCAGACGGCGGUUCUGCUCAGAACCAGGAUGGUGGUUUUUCUCCGGACCAGAAACGGGCGACGGGGAUAUGCAGGGGGGCGAACUGCGACCGCAUCGCCUCCUUCGGGUUCCCGGGAACGUCUCGCUUGUUCUGCGCCAAGCACCAGCCGGGAGGCAUGGUAAACCUGACCUACCAAAACGUCGCCGCCAGGGCCAAACGCAUCGCCGCAGCAGCAGCGGCCGCCGCAGGUACCGGGGUAAAGGUUGAGGACACCUCCGGCACAGAGCCUCGCGGUCACGCCAAGGGCAAGCGCGGUGGUGGGGGGACGGCGUCGGCGAGCAACCAGCCCGUCCGGAAGAAAUUGAAGGCGUCUGGUGUAAUCGGCGGGAUUGUCCGGAAGGGUGUUGUGUUGGGAAAAGGCAAGGGCAUGAGCAAGAAGAAACCGAAAACAAGCGGCGGUGGCGGCGGCGGCGGCGGCGCAAGCGAGGGCGAUGGGGGAGGAGGAGCGGGGGGGGGCAACGCGGUUGCGGACGGCACGCACGAUCGAAAGAAGCUGAAGGGGGCUGGUGGUGGAGGGAAGGGCGGAGGAGGCGGGGCUUCCUCUGGUGACCACGGACGGAGGUUCCGGGUGUGGGAGUCGGGGUCUAGGUGUGGGCUCUGUGGCCGGAAGGCAAAGCUAGGCUGCUCCUCGGAGAGCUGUUUCGAGUGCUGCCUCAAGUCCGGCAAGCCCUGCGAGGCGCACGCCAAGCAGGUGGAGCGGAAGCACAGGGAGGACGAGCUGCUGCUGGGAAGAAGGUCGUCGGGCGGUGGCGGUGGCGGCGGGGCCGGCGGCAGCUGUGGCCUGAUGUCCCCCGGUCUCCCGGGAGGGGCCUUCGACGAUGGGGCGGCUCCCAGGGCACGGCUCCCGCCAGGGGCAUUCAAGGAGGCCGCCUUUCAAGCUACAGGAGAGACGGCUACGCUGUGGUGCCUCAAGGACUUCGUGUGCGGGAAGGACACGCAGACGGCUAUGGAAACCCUCAACAGGACAGAGCGACAGAAAGCGGGCCGCUCGGCGAACCACCGCGGACUGGGAGGCACAGACGUCCACCGGCGCCGAUACUCGUUACACGCCACCGGCAACAAGAGUACACCGAUCCCUCUGCAAGCCCGCGGCAUCGUUGCUGGUACGGCCCCAGACGCCCACAGAUCUGGAGCGGGGCCCGUACCAGGCACCCACCGCGGAUCCGGGCGAAGUAUCCAGCAGGGGCGGGGUUUUGGUGGUGGGGGUUCCGCCACCGCCCCGAUGGGGGGGGUGGGGGGGAGCGGUGCCGCGGCGGCGUGGGGGGGUGGUGAGGUGAAGGACGUUGCGGCGCUCCGCCUGGGGGUCGUAGGGUCAAAGUGGAGGAAGAUACAUGAGCAGUUGCGUCGGGCGGUCGCGUGAGAUGCUCUCGCUUGUGUGUGCGCUGCGGGGCACAGAGGCUUUUCUAGUCGUGCGUUGGCGUUUUGAUGUGCGUGUGUGUGUUUGAUGGGGGAAUGGGUGUUGUGCUCGUGUGCUGUGCUGUGUUGUGCCAUUUAAUACCGUGUGCCGGACUUGGUUGUUGUAGUCUUGCUGCUCUGCUACGUCUAUUCCACCGCAUGAAUGUUGGCGCGCGUGUGGGCAUGCAUGUAUGUAUGUACAUCUUUACCAGGUUUUUGGGUACCACCUGUUUGGUUCCAUUUCAUUUGAGUGUACCUUGUUUAGGUAGGUUAGCCUGUGACCACGGGAAUCGCUCGGUCAAGUGUUUGAUCAGUACCGACAGAUGAAGGUAUUGGGUAGAGAGAGAUCGGAACGCCCAAAUUGUAGCUACACUGCGGGCCGGCUUGUGAAUCCCUGCUCAUUUUUAUUUUAUGGCUCCCCGUCACCGUUGGGAGAGGUUGAUUUGUUUUGUGCCAACGCUUUCGGGUAGCUGGUGGUGAUAAUUGGUUGGCCCGAAUUGGUUGGCCCGCACCCGUUUGGAAAACGAGCGUGUUUUUGAUUUUGUGCCACAGCUUCCAGCUGUGAAAAUGGUUUUAGUUCAGGGUGGUGGUGAUGUUGUUUGUGCU